AUGACCUCUGUGUCGUCUUCUCCUAACGGUGCUAAUAAACCGUGGUUUUGUACAAGCGAACGCCUACACUGGGAGUUUUUUGGUCAGAGACAAAAAGGAACACUUUACCUACGCGCCGACGGACCACAAGAAGCUAACAAAAAACACAAACAUCAAGAAGCGAACAAAAAACAAAGUUCCGCUCUGCUCACAAACAAACCAGCUGUUAUAAUAACAAGCGCUUUUUCCCCCAAUCACAGUGCAAAAAACGAAAGAACGAGCAUGAAACGAAUAACGAGGACGCAAAAGAACCAGAGCGCGAGAAUAGAAGGUUCCGAAACUAAUACAACAAAAAUGCAAAUUGACAAGGAUGAACAAUAUGUCGAACAAGAACACAUUCAACUUGAAGAAGACCUUAUCUUGGAAGGUGAAGCACUUGAACCAGAACCACCAUUGCAUGACUCUCCGGGACCUAUUAUUACGGACUCCCAAGAGACUAAAGAAAGCCCUAAAAGCGAUGAUAAAAGAACGGAAAAUGACAAUAAUUCCGAAGAAGCAGAAGAGAGUAACGAAAAAUCGGAGGCAGUCAAAAGCGAAGAUGAUGCCGACGGAGAUGAUGAAGGAGGUAUUUCUAUUCGUAAAUUUACACGAAGUACAAGGUCUAGUGUGAUAUCUACACAAAAAAAGCCUCAGACACGAAAGUCUCAACGUAAGGCAACACGAUCAAAAGAUGAGGAAUCAGAAAACAUUUUCAAAGGUCGUGAUAUAGUAUUCGUUGAUCCAUUGGAUGAUAAAGCAGAAUUUUGGUGGCCAGCGAUGAUCGUUCCCAAUAAUGAAAUUGACGAGUCGAUGGACGUUGAUGGGAAACUUGAAGAAAAUUUGCUUGCCGGGAAAUUUCUUGUAAGAUAUUUUGAAGAUAUGACAUACUCGGUAGUCGAACAGAGAGGUCUUAAACACUUUAUUCCAGAUGAAGAGCCUUAUCUCUCAUUUAAAAAUAAUUGUGAUAAAUUUUCAAGUCAUAUUGGGGUUCGUAGGGCAUUGCAAUGUAAAGGGAAAGGAGAACCAAAUAAAUCUUUUAAAUGGGACUAUUGGAAAAGGCCAAUAGAUGAAAAUCAAGUACCUAUCCCCGUUCCAACCACAACGUCAAAUAUCAAGAGAAGAACAAGUACUGCAAGUACAUCUAAAAGUGGAUCAAAGUCCAAUUAUAAAAGUUUAGAAGUCGAAGUAAUAGCUCCAUCAAGAAUUCGUCCAAGGAAAACUAAGUCUCCAGUACGUCGUAACAGUUCUUCAACAAGGAGCAAAUCUUCAAUAACAAAUAUUGGGAAUAAUAGUUCUCAAGCUUCUCAUGAAGGUGAACCAUCUGAAGAAGAGAGCGCUAUAAAUGUAUAUAUAGAAAAUCCAACCAAACCACCAUCAUUAGAUCGUAGGCGAACAUCUGAAAGUGAGAAUAACGAUUUCCUGACUAAUAAUGAUACAAUAAAAGAUUCAAAUGACAAUAUGGAAGCUGAAAUUGUAGAUGAAGAAGAAGAAAAAAAGUCAAAUAAAAGUUCAAAAAGGCGACGCAGCAGUUUGACAGAUAAAUCAGAUGAUGGAGAACAAAAUUCUAAUAAUGAUUCAAGAAAUCGUAAGAUAAAACGUACUUCUGAUGGGGAAUCAAUGGAUGAAGAACCUACGGUCCUACCGCAAACUUCACCUGAUACAACGUCUGCAAUGGUUGAAACUAUAGUGGAGGUGCCUAUGGAAAUAGCAGAAAAUUUAAUUGAAAGUUCAACCGAACCGGAACAUUCUGAACAAAUCGAACAAGGCAAUGAACCGUUAAUAGAAAUUAUUGAGGAAGAGAACGUUCCAUCUACAGCACCUUUGACCUCACCUCCACUGACCUCACCCCCUUUAACCAUUGAAGACCUGAGUGAAGAAGCUCAGAUUAAUAUUGCUAAGUUUAAUUUUGAUGAUCCCACAUUAGAUCCUGAAGCUAAGGAAAAAUUAUAUGAUGAUGCAGAGGAAGAACUUAGAUCUUUAAUGAAAGAAUGGCGUCUUCUUAAUAGACAUAUUCUGCAAGUAGUUACUCGAAGUCUUGCGCAAAGAAAAAUGAGUGAAGAUACUAAAAUGUCAAAAGGCAAGCGCACGAAAAAAAUAUAG